UCGAUUGUAAACAAUUUAAAAAGAAAAAAAGUACAAAAAUUCAUUUACGAAAGUUAUCAACGUACACGAUGCGUCGAUCCGAAAAAGAAGAAUUUCGUAGGUACGUUGAUCAAAAUUGUUCGUCGUAUCAAUUGUUCUCGUUUACACACCCUUGUUCCAUUGACAUUUUCUUUUCGUUGUAAAUUGUUUGUCCUAUUUAUUCGUAGAUAUAUAGUCGACUUAAUAACGAAACCAGAAUUAUCAGCAACGAAAGAGGAUUUGAAGAUUGACAAUAAUACGAAUAGAUAUUAUUAUUACAUUUACCACGGUGUCGAUACAACUCGUAUCGCACGAAUUCAAGAGGAUGUUUUGAAGAAAAUAUUGAAUUUGGUACCGCGCAAAUUUCGAGAUAAAUUUAUCGAUUAUACGAAUCAAUUAUUAAAGGAAAUAGAAGAAGAUUUUUCGCGUAAUAUAAAGAGAGCUGUAUUAGAAUCGGCAUUGUUAGAUCCUUACGAUGAAGAAGAAGAUUUGCAUUACAAGUCCGGUGGUUCGAGUCGAUACUCAAUGUAUCGAACGAUACAGGUAUAUUCUGGAAAAGAGCUUACAUUUGAUAAAUCCAUGCAUGAGAAUGACUUUAGAACAAUGGAUAGCCGAUUACGAGUACGUAAUUACGGAUUUGCUUCCCUCUUAUUUUCCCAAUAUGUUUUGCUAGAUAUUAUAUUUCUUUUUUUUAGAACAUUUCGUUUGAUCGACUUCAAAGCCAUUGCCUCGCGCAACGAGAGUUGGGAUUUAAUAGAUUUUCAAAAUUUAAUCUUUCGACAAAUUGCUAAGGCAAAGCGCAAUUUGUACAAGUCUUGGUACGGUAGUAUACAGGAUAUAUAUUUAACGAAUAAUGGGAAAAAUGUAGUGCCUAGUCCUUUGCAACGUAAACGUUUUAAAAGAUUUUUCAAUUGCACUGCAACGUUGAUGGAGUCUCAACUGUUGGAAGUGUGCGAAAAAACUCUUCAGGAUUUUAUGAAAUACAUCGUUACGCGCGCGCCUUACAAUCCUGGUUUUAAAAUUAAUUUAAUAAUCGAUUCGAAUGAUUUGAUAUUCGAACCGAACUUUGAAUUAUUUAAGGAAACACUUUGCAAUAUAUUAGACAAUAUUUGUGAAACGGUGAAACAUUUCGAAAGGCUCGAAACUCAACUUUAUCUCGACUGGGGAGGACCACUAGAAUUUCUUAAACCGGAAAUAUCUGAGACUAUGAUCGAACAAUUGAAAAGACAAAUUAACGAUUUGAUUGAACGGUUGAGGCUUGCUCCAGAAACAAAAUUAAUGAAAAUGAAAAAGUACGUGCAUCUGUACGACGGUCAAGAAGAAAAAGUUGUCCAUCUUUUUUUGGAAGAUCAAACGAAUACCUUAAAAAAUUACAAAGAGAGAAUUAAAUUUUAUCACGAAUUUGCAAUAAAAAUACCAUUAGAAAUUGAGAAGACAAUAUUUGAAGAAUUUUUUGAAAUUUCUCUCAAAACAUUAAUCGAAUUUUUAGUUAAUAAAGUUGUUGGCUUUAAAGACACAUUAAUUAAUCGUUUAAUUACCAUGUAUCAGACUAUUGUGGAAAGCGUUAUAGAAGAAUAUAAAAGCAUAGCGGAUCGAGCUUUGAGUGAACCACCAAACACAGCUAUUUUAAUGGAAUUAAUUGCUUAUGUAAGAAAAGUCGACGAUGUCACGUUAGCGAAUGUAGAGAAUAAAUUGCAUAUAAUAAUGAAUUAUAUUCUCCUUCUUACGGACUAUUGGUUAUUGACCAAUGAAGAAAUAAUUAGAAAUAACACUGCCUUUCAAUGGUAUCAUAAGAUUCCUGAUAUUCUAGAUGAAAGUCGAUUGAUGUUAGAAGAUAAGAUGAAAGAAUUUCAAGACGCUCUUAAAGGUAGCACUUUUAAUUAUCCAACAAAUCUUUUUCACAUAAUAAUUUUCAGUUAUUUUCUGUUGGUAUCAGUUAGGUAUCAAAAAUUCCAAGAAGAAUUGGAUUCUUACGCCGAACAGGUGGAGGAGGUUCAAUAUUGGGGAGACAUAGAUGAGGUGUUUCGAUAUCAAAAGAAAGCACAGAACUUGGAGAAUAAGUUGAUCGCCGCUAUGGAGAAGAUCGACAAAUUCAACGAAGAAGAAACAGCAUUUGUUUGGGAGAUAACUCAAUAUCCAUUUCGUAAAAUAAUCGCGGAUCGAUUGGCACCUUUUAAGAAACUCUUCGAUACUGCUUGCGAAUACUUGAGCAAAUACGAGCAAUGGAUAAACUCUAGGAUCGGUAGUUACGAUCCAGAAACUAUCGAAGAAGAAGUAGGCCAAGCUUACAGAGCGAUUUAUAAGCUGGAAAAAAGUUUUCAAGAGCCUGACUCUAGAAAUUUGGCUGCUACGGUACUCGACAAAAUAGAAGAUUUUAAAGAUCGUAUACCUGUUGUCUUGACACUCGGUAAUCCAGGAAUAAAAGCUCGUCAUUGGGCUCAAAUAUCGACGAUUACUGACAUUUCUAUUCAAUUUGAUGACGAACUAACUCUUGGAAAAGUACUCAAUAUGCAUCUGGACAGAUAUAUUGGUCAGCUCGAAGGUAUAUCCGAGGCUGCUACCAAGGAGAACACUUUAGAGAGGGCUAUGGAUAAGAUGGAAAAAGAAUGGUCAGAUUUGGUUUUUACUAUCAAUCUUUAUAAAGACACUGGUACUUAUGUGGUUGCUAGUGUCGAUGAGAUACAAUUAUUGUUAGAUGAUCAUAUUAUGAAAGCUAUUACUAUUAGAAAUUCGCCUUACAUUAAACCCUUCGAAUCAAGAAUUCUGAAAUGGUUAAACAAGUUACAUUUAUUGGAAGAUAUUUUAGAUCAUUGGUUGAAAGUUCAAUCGAUUUGGAUGUAUUUGGAACCGAUCUUUUCGUCACCUGAUAUUCAACAACAAAUGCCAGAUGAAGGUCGAAGAUUUUCAGCGGUCGACAAGACGUGGCGUGAUAUUAUGAAAACUGUCGAGGCCGAUCCUCGCGUAUUGACCGUCAUCGAAAUAGAUAAAAUGUUGGAAAGGUUGAAGAAAAGUUUUGUUUUUCUCGAAUUAAUUCAGAAAGGUCUUAAUGAAUAUUUGGAAAAGAAAAGACUUUUCUUUCCUCGCUUUUUCUUCUUGUCGAAUGACGAAUUAUUAGAAAUACUUUCGGAGACGAAAGAUCCUACAAGAGUUCAGCCACAUUUGAAGAAAUGUUUUGAAGGAAUAGCCAAAUUAAAGUUCAACGAAGAACUCGAAGUGUUAGCAAUGAGAUCAUCCGAAGACGAAGAGGUUCCUUUGACAAAUGUAAUAUCGACUAUGGCAGCAAGAGGACAAGUUGAGAAAUGGUUGAUCGAGCUGGAAAGGAUAAUGCGAGAAAGCAUACGCCAAGUCGUAAAAGAUGCGAUAGAUGCUUAUUUCAUAAAGGAAAGAACUGCAUGGGUUUUAGAUUGGCCGGGACAAACGCUUCUUUGCGUUGGACAAAUGUAUUGGACUCAGCAGGUCGAAGAAGCAAUGUUACGAGGCGUUGACGGACUACGCGAGUAUUUUGAUCAAUGUCAAACAGAAUUAAAUAAUAUCAUUGUGUUAGUAAGAGGAAAGUUAUCCAAGCAGAAUCGUAUUUCAUUAGAAGCUUUGGUUACAUUGGACGUUCAUGGAAAAGACGUGCUAGAAGAUCUCUGCGAGGAAGAAGUUACGAAAAACACCGAUUUCAGGUGGCUUUGUCAUCUUCGUUAUUAUUGGCUGACCGAGAACAUGUGGGCUUAUAUGAUAAAUUCGUAUCUACCAUAUGGUUACGAAUAUCUUGGAAAUACAUCGAGAUUAGUGAUCACUCCGUUGACCGAUCGUUGUUAUCGAACAUUGUUCGGAGCUUUGAAUCUUCAUUUGGGUGGGGCACCCGAAGGACCGGCAGGAACUGGAAAGACUGAAACUACGAAGGAUUUGGCCAAGGCAAUGGCCAAACAGUGCGUCGUUUUCAAUUGUUCCGAGGGUCUCGAUUAUUUAGCUCUUGGUAAAUUUUUCAAAGGUAUUGCUUCUUGCGGCGCUUGGUCUUGCUUUGACGAGUUCAAUCGUAUCGAUCUCGAAGUUCUUUCUGUCGUUGCGCAACAAAUCUUAACGAUACAACGAGCCAUCCAUGCCAAAGCUGAAAAGAUGAUCUUCGAGGGAACGGAGAUCUUUUUAGAUCCUACCUGUGCUAUUUUUAUCACGAUGAAUCCUGGCUACGCCGGAAGAUCGGAAUUACCGGAUAACUUGAAAGCUUUAUUCCGACCGGUUGCUAUGAUGGUACCGGAUUACGCGCUCAUAGCUGAAAAUACUCUUUAUUCUUAUGGUUUUUAUAACGGAAGACCUUUAGCAGUUAAAAUCAGUACUGCUUACAAGCUAUGCUCCGAGCAACUUAGCAGUCAGCAUCAUUACGAUUACGGUAUGAGAGCUGUCAAGUCGGUCCUAGUUGCUGCUGGAAAUUUGAAAUUGCGAUAUCCCGACGAAUCGGAAGAUGUAUUAGUAUUGAGGAGUAUCUUGGACGUUAAUUUACCAAAGUUCCUCGUCCACGAUCUUCCACUAUUUCAGGGAAUCGCUUCAGAUUUAUUUCCUGGCAUUGUGCUACCUGCUCCAGAUUACACGCACAUCAACAAGUGCGCGAGAGACGCCUGUCGCGCAGCAAAUAUUCAAUGUACGGAUUUCUUUCUCGAGAAAAUACAACAAAUCUACGAGAUGAUGAUCGUUCGACACGGGUUCAUGAUCGUUGGUUUACCCUUUGGUGGAAAGACUUCCGCUUACAGGAUGUUGGCCGAUUGUCUGGCUUUGCUCGAGGAUCGUGGACUGAUGGAUGAACAUCGAGUAGAGAUUACCGUCAUCAAUCCCAAGGCUAUCACGAUGGGUCAACUCUAUGGUCAGUUCGAUCCUGCCUCUCACGAGUGGAGCGAUGGAGUGCUCGCUGUUAGUUAUAGGGCAUUUGCGGUUUCUACUAACGAGAACAGAAAGUGGUUGGUAUUUGACGGUCCCGUAGAUGCACUUUGGAUAGAAAAUAUGAAUACCGUAUUGGAUGACAAUAAAAAGCUCUGUCUCACCUCGGGGGAAAUUAUCCAGUUGGCACCCACCACAAAUUUGAUUUUCGAACCCAUGGAUUUGGAGGUUGCCUCUCCAGCUACCGUAUCAAGAUGUGGUAUGAUCUAUAUGGAACCGAUCAGUCUUGGCUGGAAACCGCUGUUAACCUCUUGGCUAAAUACCCUACCUCCUGCGAUCCACGAACAUCUUAAAAAUCAUCUCAAAGAAAUGUAUAUGAGAUUCUGUCCACCUCUCUUACACUUGAUACGUCGUUGCGGGGCUAAGGAAAUGAUUAAUAUGCCGGAUGCCAAUUUGACGAGAUCCGUUAUGCAUCUUUUUGAUUGUUUCAUGGACGAUUUUUACGAUGAAAAUUAUAUGCAAUCAUUAUCGGAUUUGGAUGUUAGAGCUCAAGUCGAGGGUUGCUUCUUAUUUUCGUGUAUUUGGGCGAUGGGCGGUACGCUGAUGGUAAAUUAUCGAGAAUGGUUCAACAUACUUUUUCGAGCUUUAUUAGCUUUAGAAUUUCCAAAUGAUGUGAGAGAACGUUUUUCCAUAACCGAUGAAAUUCCUGAUUUAAAAAAGCCCUAUGUCACCAUUAUACCAACCAUUGGAUUAGUUUACGAUUAUAAAUUUGUAAAAGAAGGUAGAGGAAAGUGGAAACCGUGGGCUGACGAUCUGCAAGAUGCUCCAGCAAUACCAAAAGAUAUAUCAGUAAAUCAAAUAAUUGUUACUACCAUCGAGACAAUAAGAUAUUUUUAUCUUUUUCGAAGUUUGAUAUGUCACCAUAAGCCUGUGCUUCUGGUUGGUCCGACUGGUACAGGAAAGUCGGUAUACAUUAUGGAUUUUCUUCUUAAGAGGAAUAAUUCGGAGAUAUUCAAGCCACUACUUGUAAUAUUCUCGGCACAAACUACGGCCAAUCAGACGCAGGAUAUUAUUAUGAGUAAAUUGGAUAGAAGGAGGAAAGGGGUAUACGGUGCUACACCUGGUUCUCAUUGCGUCGUUUUCGUCGAUGACCUUUCCAUGCCGCAAAAAGAAGAAUUUGGUGCUCAGCCACCCAUCGAAUUGCUCAGACAAUUAUUGGAUCAUUGGACUUGGUACGAUUUCAAGGAAAUCGUGCCGAUCAAGCUGAUGGAUGUCCAAUUAAUUUGCGCAAUGGGACCACCAUCGACCGGUCUCGAUGUUACGCCCAGAUUCAAGAGGCACUUUGUUACCUUAGCCGUUUCCGAGUUUGACGAUGAUGUCAUGGUUAUGAUAUUCAGUAAAAUUAUGUCUUGGCAUUUGGAAAAUCAAGGUUUUUCUCCUCUUUUCGAUUGUUGCAUUGAUUAUAUCGUUAAUGCUACGUUGGAUAUUUAUAAGAAGACAAAAUUACAUCUUUUACCUACACCUACCAAAUCUCAUUAUUUAUUCAAUCUGCGUGAUUUUUCAAGAGUCAUUCAAGGCGUCUUACUUUCCUCUCCCGAUUCAAUCACUAGUCCCGUUGCGAUGAAACGUUUGUGGGUUCAUGAAGUUCUUCGUGUUUACGGAGAUCGUCUCGUAGAUGAUAUUGACACUCGAUGGUUGGUUACAGAAUUGAAGAAAACAUUGAGCGAUCAUAUGAAAGAUACUAUGGAAAAUCUUUUCAAGGAUCUACUUGAAAAAUCUGAAACUGAGAUAACGGAAUUGCAUCUACGGAAUUUAGUUUAUUGCGAUUUUCAUGAUCCAUUAGCUGAUAAAAAAUUAUACAUAGAGGUUGACUUGGAUGAACUUACUGUCGUAGUGGAAGAUUAUUUAACAGAAUAUAACGAGUUAUCGAGAACGCCCAUGAAUUUGGUUCUCUUUAGAUUCGCGAUAGAACAUCUUUCAAAGAUUUGCCGAGUAAUGAUGCAGCCACGGAGUCAUGCAUUGCUAGUUGGCGUCGGUGGAUCCGGUCGGCAAUCGUUAACGAGGCUAGCUGCUCACAUCUCGGAUUACGAUCUUUUCCAAGUGGAGAUGUCUCAACAAUAUGGUCAACACGAAUGGCACGAAGACUUGAAGAAUAUUUUGAGAAGAAGCGCUGCUAGCGACUUGCACACCGUAUUUCUUUUUAUGGACACUCAGAUUAAGGAGGAAACUUUUCUUGAAGAUGUGAGCAAUUUGUUAAAUUCCGGCGAAGUUCCGAAUCUUUUUACCAGCGAGGAGAAAUCAGAGAUAUGCGAGAAAAUGCGACUAAUCGAUAGGCAGAGAGACAAAUCGAUGCAAACCGAUGGAAGUCCCGUAGCUCUAUUCAACUUUUUCGUACAGACCGUUCGCGAACAUUUGCACGUGGUCGUGACGAUGUCACCAAUCGGUGACAAUUUUCGAAUAAGAAUUCGUAAGUUUCCUGCAUUAGUCAGCUGUUGUACGAUCGAUUGGUUGCAACCUUGGCCGGAGGAUGCACUCCUAGCUGUGGCUACUCAAUUUUUAAACGAGAUUGAAAUGCCCAUUGAAGAACGCGACGCUUGCAUCGAAAUGUGUCAAUUCUUUCAUACGUCAACGCAGGAUCUAUCGAAGGAAUUUUUAAAAAAGGCCAAGAGACAUAAUUACGUCACUCCCACCUCUUAUCUCGAAUUAAUUAACACGUUCAAAGAUCUUUUGGGAAAGAAAAGGAAGGAAGUUAUCGAAGGUAAGAGAAGAUACGAAGCGGGUCUUGAAAAGUUGGAUAGUACACAUAGACAGGUAGAAAAGAUGCAAGAGAUAUUGGUGGCCUUGCAACCAAAAUUGAUAAUCGCUGCCAAAGAUGUCGAAGCGAUGUUUCGUGAUGUUCAAAAUGAGAGCGAAGAAGUUAGCGCGAUGGAGAAAAUUGUCAAAGAAGACGAACAAGCUGCUUUGGUGGUUGCGGGAGAGGCAGAUGCUAUACGCGCGGAAUGCGAUGCCGAUUUACAAGAAGUUAUGCCGAUAUUAAAUGAAGCAAAUGCCGCCUUGAACACCCUGACACCCCAAGAUAUUCAGAUCGUUAAAUCUAUGAAGCGUCCUCCAGCUGGUGUUAAAUUAGUCAUGACGGCUGUUUGCAUAUUAAAGGACGUGAAGCCUGAAAAAGUUCAAACGCCAGAAGGAAUGGUAGACGAUUAUUGGAAGGCCUCUCUUCGAAUUCUCGGCGAUAUGAAAUUCCUAGAAUCCCUUUUACUUUUUGACAAAGAUAAUAUCCCGGAAAGAAUAAUGACAAAGAUACGUACGACUAUAUUGACAAAUCCGGAUUUCGAUCCUGAAAGAAUUAGACACGUUUCUACGGCUUGCGAGGGUCUAUGCAGAUGGGUUUUCGCGUUGUCCGAAUACGACAAGGUCGCUAAAGUCGUUGCACCUAAAAAGGAAGCAUUGGCUCAAGCGGAAGCUGACUAUACGGAAGCCAUGGAUCAAUUGAAUCUAAAGAGGAACCAAUUGCAAGAGGUGCAAGAAAGAUUGAACAAUUUGCAAACGCUUUUGGCUCAGAGAGAGGCCGAAUACAAAGCUAUGACCGAUGAAGUUCACGAUUGCGAGGAAAAACUCCGAAGAGCCAAAGAGUUGAUCGGUGGUUUAGGGGGAGAAUAUACAAGAUGGUCUGACACCGCUGAAGCCUUGGGAGAACGUUAUUAUACGUUGACCGGUGACGUUCUUAUUGGAUCUGGUAUCGUAGCCUAUUUGGGUGUAUUUACGAUGCAAUAUCGACAGAAACAAAUUGAAAAUUGGAUACAAAUUUGUACGGAUCUCCGUGUUAUUUGCACGCAAGAUUAUCAGUUGACUCAAGUCCUUGGCGAUCCUGUCUUGAUCAGAUCGUGGAAUAUUUUUGGUCUUCCGAGCGAUCUCUUCUCGAUCGAUAACGGUAUAAUUGUGACGAAUGCUCGACGAUGGCCGCUCAUGAUCGAUCCUCAAAGUCAAGCGAACAAGUGGGUAAAGAAUAUGGAGAAGGCCUCUAACAUUAACGUUAUUAGAUUGGACCAAUUGGAUUAUAUGAGAGUUCUCGAGAAUGCUAUAACGUUUGGUCAACCUGUCUUACUCGAAAACGUUGGCGAGGAAUUGGAUGCCGCUCUGGAACCUCUUUUAUUGAAGCAGACUUUUAAAUCUGGCGGUGCGAUUUGCAUUAAAGUCGGGGACUCCAUUAUCGAGUAUUCCGAUAACUUUCGAUUUUACAUCACCACGAAAUUACGCAAUCCGCAUUAUUUACCCGAAGUAAUCGUCAAAGUUACAUUGUUGAAUUUUAUGAUUACCCCAAUUGGAUUGGAGGAUCAACUUUUGGGUAUUGUCGUUGCGAAAGAGAGACCAGAUUUGGAGUCGGAAAAAAAUCAAUUAAUCAUUCAGGGUGCCGCUAAUAAAAAAAUGCUGCAGGAAAUAGAAGACAAAAUAUUGGAAGUGUUAUCCGGAUCUGAGGAGAAUAUUCUCGAAGAUGAAACAGCGAUUCACAUUCUCAGCUCGUCGAAAAUUCUUGCCGAUGAAAUUCAAGUUAAACAAGCAGCUGCCGAAGUUACCGAAAAGUCUAUCGAUGCUGCAAGAUCGCAAUACAAUCCUAUUGCCGUUCAUAGCACCGUUCUCUUCUUUACAAUUGCGAUUUUGGCGAAUAUCGAUCCGAUGUAUCAAUAUUCUCUGGUUUGGUUCGUCAAUCUUUUUAAAAAUACCAUCGAUAAUACACCAGUAGUCGACGAUAUAGGACAACGAUUGCAAGAUCUUACCAAGUUUUUCACUCGUUCCCUUUAUGUGAACAUAUGCCGGUCGUUGUUUGAGAAAGAUAAGCUUCUUUUUUCUCUACUUUUGGUGGUAAAUCUGUUGAACAAGAAAGGAGAGAUAUCGAUGACACAAUGGAUGUUUCUGCUAACAGGCGGUGUCGGUCUUGAGAACCCUUUCGAAAAUCCUACCCAAUGGCUUCCUACAAAGUCCUGGGAUGAACUGUGUCGUUUGAACGAAGUUACGGGUUUUUUGGGAAUCAAAGAUGUUUUUGUAAAAAACAUUGAAGCUUGGAAAUCUAUAUUUGACGACAAGGAACCUGAUAAAUUAACUUUUCCCGAACCUUUUGAUAAACUUUCUACGUUUGAAAGAAUGCUAGUCUUGCGAUGUAUACGACCUGACAAAGUUGUGCCUGCUGUACAACAUUUUGUCGAAGAAACAAUUGGACGAGAAUUCAUCGAACCACCGCCAUUCGAUUUGAUAUCUUCUUACGCGGAUUCGCAUUCUUGUAUACCCCUUAUAUUUGUUCUAACACCGGGUGCCGAUCCUAUGGCAAUUUUAUUGAAAUUUGCCGAUGAUCAAGGCUUUGGAACCAACAGACUUUUUUCCUUGUCCCUUGGUCAGGGACAAGGUGUUAUCGCUGCAGAACUCAUCGACGAGGGUACGAAAAAUGGUACUUGGGUCGUUUUACAAAAUUGUCACCUUGCUAAAAGUUUUAUGCCACAUCUGGAAAAGAUUUGCGAGAGUUUUACCAGCGAAACGGUGCAUCCAGAUUUUCGAUUAUGGCUGACUAGUUAUCCGGUUGAUCACUUUCCAGUUAGCAUACUUCAAGAUGGAAUUAAGAUGACCAAUGAACCUCCCAAGGGAUUACGUGCUAAUAUCACCAGAUCUUACUUACAAGAUCCCAUGUCCGACGAAGAAUUUUUCGAAUCUUCGAAGCAGAAAGAAAAUUUGAAGAAACUUUUAUUUUGUCUGUGCUUUUUCCAUGCGAUUGUGCAAGAACGAAGAAAAUUCGGUCCGAUCGGUUGGAACAAUCAAUAUGAAUUUAACGAGACCGAUCUUAGAAUCAGUGCUUUGCAGUUGAAAAUUUUCUUGGAUCAAUACGACGACGUUCAGUUCACUGCACUGAAAUAUUUGACAGGUGAAUGUAAUUACGGUGGACGCGUAACCGACGAAUGGGAUCGAAGAACGUUAAUAACGAUUUUGAAGAAAUUCUAUUGCGUUGAAUCCAUAACUAUAGAAAAUUAUUCCUUUGACGAAAGUGGUAUUUAUUAUGUGCCGCAAGUAGAUAAACACGAAGAAUUUCUGGAAUAUGUUAGAUCGUUUCCUAUGACAACCGCUCCCAGCGUUUUUGGCAUGAACGAGAAUGCAGACAUUAUAAAGGAUCAACAAGAAACGCAUUUAAUGUUCACGUCGCUCCUGACUACUCAGGACACAGCUGAAACUGAAGUGGAUACAGGAAAAUCUCAAGACGAUAUUGUGUAUGGUGUUGCCGAAGACAUUUUGACAAAGUUACCGAAUAAUUUUGACCUCGCAGUUGCAUUAGAAAAAUAUCCUACCCUUUAUGAAGAAAGUAUGAACACAGUAUUGGUGCAAGAAAUGGGAAGAUUCAACAAGCUCCUGCAAACGAUUAGGCGCAGUCUCGUGAACGUACAGAAAGCGAUUAAAGGUUUGGUGAUCAUGAAUCCGGAUCUCGAAGAAGUAUAUACGUCGAUAAUGAUAGGAAAGAUAUCACAAAUAUGGAUGAGAAAUUCCUAUCCAUCUUUGAAACCGCUAGGCAGUUAUAUCCUUGAUUUCUUGAAAAGAUUGGCUUUCCUCCAGACGUGGUACGACGAAGGUGUACCAAUAACAUUCUGGAUUUCUGGAUUUUAUUUUACUCAAGCUUUUCUAACCGGUGCACGACAAAAUUAUGCGAGAAAGUACCAGAUACCAAUAGAUUUGUUAAUAUACGAUUUCGAACCAUUGCAAGAGACAACAUUUUAUUCACCACCCGAAGAUGGAGUGUAUGUUUAUGGUUUAUUUCUUGACGGGGCCCGUUUUAAUAAGUCGACUAUGCUAUUAGACGAAUCCUUGCCAAAAAUUUUAUACGAAAGGGUACCAUACAUAUGGUUUAUUCCAAAGAAGAAAGAAGAAAUAAGGGAAAGAAAUACUUACAUUUGUCCAGUUUACAAGACGGCAGAAAGGAAGGGUAUACUUUCAACAACCGGACAUUCGACGAACUUUGUAAUCGCGGUAUGGCUCCCGACGGAACUUCCAUCCGAGCAUUGGAUUCUCAGAGGCGUCGCCAUGUUGUGUCAAUUGUCGCAUUAACGGAAACGAGAAAGGGGAUCACUAGGCUUCUAUAAUCUUCCUUGUCUCUUCCUCUCUCUCUCUCUCUCUCUCUCUCUCUCUCUGUUUCAAUACGCGCGCGCACUGCCAUCAUAGACCAAGAGAAAAAGAAAAAGAAAAAGAAAAAAAAAGGAAAAGGAUUGAAGGCCUUGAAAGAAGCCUUCAAUUUUGUUUACACUUCAUUCAUGCACAAUCACGUAGACGUGUAACGUUGACCGGAUCUAACAACGAUGAGAAUUGACGCGUAAGAACCCAUACCCGAAGCGACGAUAUGGAUUUUAUCGGCAAUUAAAAAUAGCCUUUGCUGCUUCACACUUGACGUCCUUCGAUCGAAACAUCGACAUUUUAUUUUCUCCUUGCAUUCAACAAUUACUUAACAUUUAAUACGAGUAUAUAUGUUCAUUUAUUUAUCAGAAGAAAUGAUAUAAAUUUUCGUAAGGGUUUGCGUUAGGGGAUGAUUGCAAGUACACGUAAUAUUUAUCGAGAAUAUCGGAUAGGACUAUUGGAAAAUAUCGGAGAAAAUUCAUAUUUUUCGAUACGCGCGGCUAGCUUUCGAUGAAAAUAUUGCAAAAGGUAAUGCGUCUCUCUCUCUCUCUCUCUUC